AUGAGUAAUCCGGAGAAAGUGGAUGACACUGAGGAAGAGAGAGAAUAUUCCGAUGAGCAAUGGAGCGACGAUGAAUCCACUAUGAGGGAUAUCGUUCUUGCCCUCCCUGCUGCUUUACGGAUCAGUAGCGAAAGCCUUGGUGUUAGUAGCGUCGUUGAAGAAGAAGAAGCGCGUUUGAAUGAGCAAGCGGUUGUUGCGGCGGAGUUAGUUAUGGCUGCGGCAGAGGAAGCGGUUAUGAAAGAGAAGAGUGAUGGCAAGAAGAAGAAGAAGAGGAAGAAAGUGAGUAGACCGAGGAAGACGAUGAAACUCAUCAACGAUGAUGAAGCGAGUGGUUCGGGUAAAGGAAGAGAGACGAAAAAGCCGAAGAAGAAAGCCUCGGAAUCGACUAAUCCGCCGAGAGGACCACCGGUUUGUGACAUCUGUGGAAGAGGAUUUGGUUCUUGGAAGGCUGUUUUUGGACACAAGAGGACUCAUAAGGGCAGGAACUAUCAAGAGAUUAGGUUUCUUACUUUUCCUCCUCCUCCUAAAUUUUCGUUGGCUGAAGGGUUUAUGAUUCCGGGACCAAACUCUGCUUUUGUUCUUUUUACUGCCGGAGGAGGAAGGUCCGGCGGUAUUGUUAACCGCGGUGGCGGUGGUGCUCCGGAAGGUGAAGCGGGGAGAGGGUUAGGGGUUGGUUUGAAUGUGGAUCCUGUGGAGGAAAUUGAUCAGGAGGUGACUGAAUCUGGAUCGAUUGCAAAGUUUGAUCUUAAUAAGUCUCCACCAAAUGAUGCAGAGGAAGAUGAUGAAGCUAAGUGAAAGUUUAUUUAACUUAUUAAUUAAACACACUGUGUGAUCUAUGUGAUAUUUACAACUUUUAAACAUAAUCUUAACAAUUUGAUAGUUUCCUUGGAGGAGGUUUUGUUGCUGUUCUUGAUUACUGCUUUAUAAACAUAUUUAUAAUUAAUUUACUGUUAAUUAAUUUACUGUUUGCAACAGUCUGGUGUUGUUUCAAUAAAUAUAUAGAUUAUUACUCGUAAAUUAACGUAAAAAUGUUGGAAAAUGACUAAUUUCAAUAUUUUCAGUAACGUAGAUUAAUGUAUAUAUAUCAUAUAUGGAUAUGAAACUCCAACAUUUUUAUUUUUUAUUUUUUAAUUUAUUGACAUGAUAUAUAUCCACUUUAAAUUUUUUAACAUGAUACAAUUUUUUAUUAAGUUACAUAUUUUCACUAUUGUAACGGUAGAUUAAACCUAGUAUUAACAUAGGACAUAUAGAGCACUUGAAGAAUAA